AUGGCGACAGAAGCAGAGAUAUUGGCGUCGUUCCCGCAAGUCAGCGCCCCCACCCUGCAGACAGGAUACACCUCCAACUUGACGGAGGAACAGAAGCAGAUCUUGGCCCAGUUGAGACAGGAGCUUGUUGCUGAAGGGUUCGAGUACCGUCUUGACGAUGCGUCGCUUCUUCGUUUCUUGAGAGCCAGAAAGUUCAACUUGGCCAAGGCCAAGUUCAUGUUUGUGGAGUGUGAAAAGUGGAGAAAGGAGUUUGGCGUCAACACCAUCCUCAAGGACUUCCACUACACGGAAAAGCCCCUCGUGGCCAAGAUGUACCCACAGUACUACCACAAGACCGAUAAAGACGGGCGUCCGGUUUACUUCGAGGAGUUGGGCAAGGUGUACCUUCCCGACAUGUUGAAGGUGACCACCCAGGAGAGAAUGUUGAAGAACUUGACCUGGGAGUACGAGCUGUUCACCCAGUACAGAUUGCCUGCUUGUUCGAGAAAACAGGGCUACUUGGUCGAGACCUCGUGUACCAUCAUGGACCUCAAGGGCAUCAGCAUGAGCGCCGCCUACCAGGUGAUUGGCUACGUCAAGGAGGCCUCCAAGAUUGGCCAGGACUACUACCCGGAGAGAAUGGGCAAGUUCUACUGCAUCAACGCCCCCUUUGGCUUUUCCACCUUGUUCAAGUUGUUCAAGCCCUUCUUGGACCCUGUCACCGUGUCGAAAAUCCACAUUUUGAGUUCUUCGUACCAGAAGGAGUUGCUCAAGCAGAUUCCACCACAAAACUUGCCCAAGAAGUACGGUGGAAGCAGCGACGUGAGUGAUCAGGACUUGGCUUUGAACGACUACGGUCCCUGGAGAGACCCCCAGUACAUCGGCCCCGAGGGCGAGGCGCCCCGUGCUUUCGAGUGA